AUGCAUAAAUACUUUUCAUUUCCCUCUGCUUUCCCUUUUUCCUUACCUCACUCCUCUUCCUCAUUGCUGCUAAUUGAUUCGUCAUGUUGCAGCAUAAUAGAUCUCUACAUGUUACGUGUUGCUGCUCGAUGCCUUCUCUGGAGGCCUGCCGCCAUUCAGCACCUGCCCGACUUUGGCUCCAAGGAGGCUCCCAGAAAAUUAGAAGAUACCCAACGACAAUACCGCCCUCUCUCCCUUAAGGCCCGUCAGGCGCUGGCGGAGAAAUCGGAUGAAGUGCAGUAUCAUGUGAUUACCCAGGUAUUGGGUUUGGGCAGCGCGUCGAUACUUUUCUUACCAGCACCAUCCUGA